GAAGGCGUGAGAUCAGAGCCACUGAAGGAUCCCAAGACUUCAACUUCAGAGGACUAUGGGAUUAUCAGAGCCUCGUGCUGCUGUGAAUGACUGCAAGAAGCUUAAUUCAGCCUGGGAGACAGGGACAUUCUUCCCGGUUCCUUUGAAAGAACCACUGUCAAAUGAUACCUUUUGGGAAUGACAACGAUUAUGAUGGCAUCUUAAACUAAGGUGGCGCUUUGUCUUUUCAGUAGGAGAUGAGAAGGGCAGCUAAGAGUCAGAGGCUGAGACACACAAGGGGACUGAUUAGCUACAGAUCAAUAGUCCUUAACAUUUUUUUUUUUUUGGCUGCACCAUGCAGCUUGUGGGAUUUUAGUUCCCUGACCAGGGAAUCGAACCUGCAUUCCCUGCAUUGAAAGCGUAGAGUCUUAACCACUCAACUGCCAGGGAAGUCUGGUCCUUAACAUUUUCUGAGGCCACUGAUCAUCAUGGGGAAAAAAAAAAAAAAACAUGAUGAAAGGUCUGGACUCUUUGCCUGGGACAAAUCACACACAAGAAAAAGUUUGUGGGAGGGGUGAGUCCCUUCACUGUUCACCUGAAACUAUCAUAACAUUUUUCUUUAAUUGGUUACACCCCAAGACAAAAUAAAGUGCUUUUUUUUUUUUAAAACAAAAGAAAAAGUUUGCUUAUGAUUUUAGGAUCUUUAUGGACCCAUGUCUGUAGACACCAAGCUCAGAAUCCUGACUGAAAGGCAGAUUCUGAACUGGUCCAGAGUCUGCCUCAACUUCUAAUUCUCUAUUCUUCCCACUACACAAUUAAGGAAUCUCGGGAACUGCAAACAAAAGACAUAAGUCAAAAUUCUGACUCUACUAAAUACCAUGAAUCUCAGUAAGUGAUUAUAAUACCUCUCUCACAAGGUUGAUGUAUGAUUUAAGACAAACGUCACAGCAUCUAACUCAUUGCCUGGCAUAGAGUUGUUGCUCAAUAGGUGUUUGUUUCCUUCCCAAGGUUAUAGGGAAGAUCAUGAGCUAAUGCUUGUGAAAGAGGGCUGUAAAAGUAAAGUUCCGUACAAAUGUUAAUUUCCAUUGUCACCCACCAGCCAAUGUUUAAAUCCAGAACAUAACAACUCUAGGCAAGUAAACUGAGCCCAUUGUUCUAAGAGACACUGGAAUUCAAAUCAGUAAACAUUUAUGCCCCCCCCUGUAAACGAUGAAGACAAUCGCUGCCAUUGACUGAGCCUCCAAUUGCAGGCCCUGUGUUUGGCACUGGGAAUACAAAGAUGAAUAGACAUCAUCCCAGGGCUAGAGGCACGUCAGAUGGUGGUCACUAGGAGGCGUGGCAGAUAACAAAGAAGUCCAUGACACGUGGCAAGAGGGCUGUACACAGGUUGUGGGGGCUCCCAGGGCAGAGCGGACAAGUGCCCGUGACAGCUGGAAGUGCUUCACCAAGAAGGUGACUUUUGCCCAGCGCUAGGUAGUAUGAGUACGAGUUCCGCAGAGCAGGGAGAAACUUGUCAGAUAGAGAUAAUAGUUUGACCACAGCUGUCCCUCCUGUAUUGCUAUGGGAAUUCAAGGACUGGCGAAACUGAUCGCUGACGUGGCCCCCAGUGCCAUCCGGGAGAAUGACAUCAAGAGCUACUUUGGCCGCAAGGUGGCAAUCGAUGCCUCCAUGAGCAUUUAUCAGUUCCUGAUAGCUGUUCGCCAAGGGGGGGACGUGCUGCAGAACGAGGAAGGGGAGACCACCAGCCACCUGAUGGGCAUGUUCUACCGCACCAUCCGCAUGAUGGAGAAUGGCAUCAAGCCCGUGUACGUCUUCGAUGGCAAGCCGCCGCAGCUCAAGUCUGGGGAGCUGGCCAAGCGCAGCGAGCGGCGGGCUGAGGCGGAGAAGCAGCUGCAGCAGGCUCAGGCUGCUGGGGCCGAGGCAGAGGUGGAAAAGUUUACGAAGCGUCUGGUGAAGGUCACCAAGCAACACAACGACGAAUGCAAGCAUCUCCUGAGCCUCAUGGGCAUCCCGUACCUCGACGCACCCAGCGAGGCCGAGGCUAGCUGUGCGGCCCUGGUGAAGGCUGGCAAAGUCUACGCUGCGGCCACAGAGGACAUGGAUUGCCUGACAUUCGGCAGCCCCGUGCUCAUGCGGCACCUGACUGCCAGUGAGGCCAAGAAGCUGCCCAUCCAGGAGUUCCACCUGAGCCGGAUCCUGCAGGAGCUGGGCCUCAACCAGGAGCAAUUCGUGGAUCUGUGCAUCCUGCUGGGCAGUGACUACUGUGAGAGCAUCCGGGGCAUCGGGCCCAAGCGGGCCGUGGACCUCAUCCAGAAGCACAAGAGCAUUGAGGAGAUCGUGCGGCGGCUGGACCCCAACAAGUACCCCGUGCCGGAAAACUGGCUCCACAAGGAGGCCCAGCAGCUCUUCCUGGAGCCCGAGGUGCUGGACCCAGAGUCUGUGGAGCUCAAGUGGAGCGAGCCCAAUGAAGAAGAGCUCGUCAAAUUCAUGUGUGGGGAGAAGCAGUUCUCCGAGGAGCGAAUCCGCAGUGGGGUCAGGCGGCUGAGCAAGAGCCGCCAGGGCAGCACCCAGGGCCGCCUGGAUGAUUUCUUUAAGGUGACCGGCUCUCUCUCUUCCGCCAAGCGCAAGGAGCCAGAGCCCAAGGGAGCCGCUAAGAAGAAGGCAAAGACUGGGGCAGCAGGGAAGUUCAAAAGAGGAAAAUAAACGGGUUUCCCUUCACGAUACCUCUGUGAUCCCAGGAUAUUUGCCUCUACCUGUAAGAGCUGGCGCUGGAGAAACCUCCAUAGGGGUGGGGAGGGGCUUUCAUUGCUUCCCUGGCACCACCCUGCUCAGUUGUGCUUUUCCCUUUGUUACUUGAUUUCAUGGCAGGAAGGCCACAGAGGUACGUCAUUGUCUUCUUUUUUAGCUCAGGAAAGUAUGUCAGGCUCAAGCCGCCUCUCAGGCAAUUUAAUGGACAUUGAAUCCAUUGUUACAUGAAAGCAACAAGUUUUGAAGAAGAGAGGGAGAUAAACGGUGGAGAUAAAAGACUGGGAUGAUUUCCUGCCUGGCCAGCUGGUGGCUGGUGGGAGGUGACCGUGGAACCAGACUGCUGCUCUCUCUGGCUCAGCCUUGACCCGCCCUAAAGAGUACCUAUCAGGGAGAUGCAGUGUCUUAAACAGAUGGGAAGAGCUGCUGAGAAGUAAGAUAGGCAGAGAGCUGGAGUUGACACCAAGGGUUUGAUUACCGGCUUUGAAUCCUGGGGUGGGUAGAAAUUUGAACUUGCUAUGAAAUUCCAUACAGUGGUAAUUCAUAGGCAUAAGGUGGUGGAGUGGUUCUCACGGCCUUCCUGAAGCAUUUGAGUUGAAACUUUGGGAUAAGAUGCUGUUUUCAUGUGCUUUUUUUUUAAGGUAUGAGAAGGAAAGAUUCAAUAAAACUAUAAAAAGUAA